AUGACACGACCAUCGAUCGUCAGAGCCGAUACUAUCGAUCUCCAAGAUCAUCACUCUCCAUCCGCUCAGGACCACUCGAAGAGCCCACGCCUGGGCGGCAACGCCAACUCCCUAGGUCCCCACCAAGCUGAGACUAUUCGUGAGGUCACACACGACAUUGCAGACGAACAGCGACGCUCUCCAAGAGUUUCUCUCGACAACCGCAACAGUCUCGACGAAAUUGAUUCCUUUGCAGACGAACUUGUCGCCAACUCUACAAGUGGGAAUACUCGCGCACAGGGCGCACGCGACAACAAUAGCAAUAUGAAUCAAGAAGAUGCGCUGGCAAUUGCGCAGAAUGGAGGCGUCUCAUCUUCGGAUGAGGGCGAGCUCGACGGCGACGAUGACCUCGAUGACGACAUGAUGGAUAAGAUCUCAAGUUCGCCUUCGAUUGAAGAUGGUGGGUGCUACCCCGUCGCUACCCCUGCGGCAUGGCCACGCCGUGUCUCUUCCCUACCUUCGCAGAGGAGUAGUACUCCCAGUAUCUCUGGUUCAAGCGGCACCAGAGUUUGCUCGCCAUAUCCUGAACCCCCCAACUACGUACCCAGUCCAUGCGCAAUUGCGCAGCUUCCACGAGCAUUACUCACAAAAGUCCGGAACCAUCGUCUUCAUGGUGAGUAUGACGGUCGCGACGAGCAUAAUAACGACGCCGAACCCGAACCCGACGAUAGUUGGACAACGUCCAAUUCGACAGCCGAAUUUCACGAAAUGUUCGAAGAAGUUGAACCACAGGCUAGCAUUGGAGGAAAGGGCACCGUAGCCGAUAACAGAGAGCAGGAUAUUUUCUAUGAUUGUGAUCCAAUGCUGGAUCUAUCCGAUUCGGAUUUUGACGACGACGAAAGCCCCGACUUCGAUCCCGCACUUACUGUUCCCUACGAAGAAUCUUUUGAAGACGAUGAUUCUGAACUCUCCAUUCCUGACGACUACAAUUUCAUUGACUCCGGCUGGGCGGUUGAGUGCUUACAAGACAUAGAGGAUAUUGAUUUCGAAUUCGUUUACGCGCUUCACACUUUCGUGGCCACCGUUGAAGGUCAAGCAAAUGCAACCAAAGGUGACACCAUGGUUUUGCUAGACGAUAGCAACAGCUACUGGUGGCUAGUCAGAGUUGUUAAAGACAGCAGCAUUGGAUAUCUACCUGCAGAGCAUAUUGAAACGCCAACGGAACGUCUAGCACGUCUGAAUAAACACAGGAAUGUCGAUCUCUCUGCAACUAUGUUGGGGGAUACGGCGGAGAAGAAGCAACAAACGUUCAAAUCGCCAAUUAGAUUUGGACGCAAAACGGUCACAUUCACUUCACCCACGUACCACGACUACACUGAGAUCGACGACUAUUCGUCCGACGAAGAAGACUUGGAUGACUUAUUCGCCGGCUCGACCACUACAGCCAAGCAAGAUCAACAACAAGAACAAAAGAAAGAUCGAGAUCCAGCUUCGACAAUAUCGAUCAUAGAAGAUGAUUCAUCAGAGGAGAGCGCCAGGGUUGAGCCUCUCAAGCCCCGUUCAAAUAAAGAUGUUAAAAUGGCUAUGGAGCCGUCAAAGGUUGACACUGUGGAAGAGGAAGAUGAGACGAGAAGCAGUGAGGAAAUACUAUUCGACAACAAACAGGAAGGCCCCAGCAGAUCCCGCAAUGGUACCGUCAGAAACACCGACUCUUUCUUUAGAGAUGAGACAGUCGAGACCAAGAAGAUCACUCUCACGCCCAAUUUACUACGAGACGACAACCAACCUCGGCCGUCUCAGGACUCAACAACCAAGGAUAUCAAGUCCCGAGGAAGUCUUGAUAAGCUAGACAAGGAGCUCAUGUCCGACAAGGAGAAGAAGAAGCACCAAGAUAAGUCUCGGAAAGAGAAGGAAAAGAAGCCGAGCGCCAUCCGAAGUUUCUUUUCCAGAAAGGACAGAAAGAAGUCGGUCGACGACGAUGACGAAUCUUUUGGCAAGCGCUCUAUGGAUAUCGUAUCGGAGCCUCGGGACAGCGAGUCAAUUGAAGAGGUCGCAUCGCCUGAUAGACAACCGCAACGGAGUACAAGCAAACUUCAGAAGCAGCUCCCACGAACUGAAGCAUCUCCUGGCAAGGGUGGGGAGACCUCGUCGACCAUGGAACUCGCAGCUUAUCUGGCCGAGUCUCGGGUCAACGAUGUGUCCAACGUGCCACCAGCGUCGAUGCGGAUCGUCAAUCCCGAGACACAGGAGACACAUGAAGUGCCAUCAAAUUCACAAAGUGGUGGGGAUCCGGCCAAGGUACGUUCCUCUUCAGCCGCUGCACAACACGACGAUACGAAGGCAUUGGCGAGGGCGUUGGGCCGCAGCGCAAGCACAGGGGGCGAGCCUAGGGCAACCAAGACAGUCAAGCCUCGGCCAUUGAUGGACCUGGAUGAACUGUCAAGCUCCGACGAGGAUGAUGUGUCUCAGCCUACGAACCGAACGACACCAGAGCAACCCGUCGAGAAGAAGCCCGAGGGCGGGCUACGGCCACAACUGCCAGGAGCGUUCCCUGAUAGCUUCGAUGCAACCGCCAAGCCGAACGCAUCCACAGCGGCAGGCCAAGGCCAGAAAGAUCGUCUGUCAGAAUCACCGGUGCAGUUGUCACCUGUCAACACAACACGGCCACCAGCACUGGAGAUUGACACGUCCUCCCAAGAAGGUCGCUCGUCCUCCGAUGUACCGUCACCAGAGCUCAUGCCUGGUGACGAGACACCUAAGGAUAGUAGCUCAACGAAAAGUGCCAAAGAACCUGGCUGGGAUGACGAGAAACUUCGAGCCUUCUUUGACGAUGGUGAGCACGUUCGAGAUCUGCUCAUGGUCGUGUACGACAAGACAGACGUGGAACCUGUUAGCAAAGAUCACCCGGUGGUCAGUGGUAUGUUUAGAGAACAGAACGCUAAGCUAGCGGAGAUUACCACUCAACUUGACAACAUGCUCGGGGACUGGUUGGCUAGGAAGCAACGGCUUCGCGGCUCAGUAUGA